GUGGGAUGCAGGGGAAUCCCCCGGCAGUGAGACGGAGCCUGUGGGUGAAUCCAAUCCACGCUAAUCAAAAGAUUCAAAUAAUUUAAAGAAAGCGGAUAUAGUGCACCUCACCGUGACUCAUAAGGGCAGCAGGCGGAGCCGAGAUAGUGAUACCCAGCUGGGAAGCAUUGUUGGCGGAGAAAAGAGGCUUUGUUUGCACGGGCCAAGUAGUGACAGAAUCACACAAUCUAUUCCUGGACGGGGGAGACGUAACACUUAACAUUGAGCUGCUCGAGUCGAAGCGGUGAUUGAAUUUGCGAGGAAGCAGAAGAAUCUAACAUCAUUUAAAGACUUGGAGUUAAAGAGCUUUUACAGAUCGAAGAGAGGAUUUUAACUAUUUGUCAUUUCUCAGUGGACUUAAUGGCUUUGUUUUAUAUUAGAGUGUUCCUUUGGCUGUACAUUAUUUAUGAGGAUGGGAAAAAUAGUAGAACCCAAGAAGAAUCAUCCUUGAAUCUGAGCGGUUCUGGAAACCUCUCAAUCAAACACUGAACAGAGAUGCUGUCCUUUUGGCCAAAAUGUCCGAAAACUCAGUGGAAGCGAGCAGAAAGCUUCUUAGAAACAUGUUUGUGCGAUAGCAGAAACAAAACCCAUCCAUUCUCUAUACACUGAUUUAUCCUCACUAGGGUCGUGGGGGGUGCUGGGGCCUAUCCCAGCUGACUCGGAUGAAGGCAGGGGACACCCUGGACAGGUCGCCAGUCUGUCGCAGGGCUACAUAUACAGACAGACAAUCACACUCACAUUCACACCUACGGGCAAUUUAGAGUUAUCAAUUAACCUCAGGAUAUUUUUGGACUGUGGGAGGAAGCCGGAGUACCCGGAGAAAACCCACACAUGCACAGGGAGAACAUGCAAACUCCAAGCAGAAAGAUCCCAGGCCCACCCCGGGAUUUGAACCAGGAUCUUCUUGCUUCAAGGUGAAAGUGCUAACCACUAUUCCACUGUGCAGCCCCAGAAAGAAAACCCUCAUUGACAAUAAUAAUAAUAAUGAUCUUUAACUCUUGUUUCCUUGUCUGAAAAAAUAAAAAAAGAAACAGCAAAAAAAUUUCAGAAUUUUUUCAAAACUUUCAGGAAGAAAAUUCCAAUAAUUCCUUAAAUUUCCUUUAAAAUUUUUAGUUUUAAAAAAUCCCCCAAAUUUGGCAAGAAAAUUCUUGUAAAUAUUUUCAAAAAAAUUGUAAAAAUCUUCCCAAAAUAUCCUAAAAAUAUCUAAAAUGAUUACAUGUAUGUCAGUAAAAAAUUCAAUUAUUUUCUUUAAGAUUAUUCACAAAAAAAUCAAACAAAAUUAAGUGAAAUUCACUGGAUGUUGGUUGAUUUUUAUGUGAAUGUUCUUAAAGAAACAUUCACUUUUUUUCCACCAAAAAUUUCCCGAAAAUGUGGACAUCAGAAGUUUCACUGUGAAAAUACUUUUAUUUGCCACAUUUUCAAACUUUAAAACGAGUCAAAUUUGACCUGCAGGACAACACGAGAGCUAAAAAAGAAAAGCAGAAUACGCAGGAAGACCAUGAAUAUGCCAAGAAUGUUGUGAUACUGAUGAAUAUGAUUUAGUAAGAGCCAAUUCCUUCAUUUUGAUGCAGUUUAAGUGGUGUUUUAGGCAGUUUUUUCCAUCUAAUAUCCUCUUAUUUUACUAGAAGAAGCUGCCUUUCCUGUUAAGCAUCUGAUUUGAAUGAGACAGUGAUAUGAAACAGUGUAAAGAAAGAGGGAAAAAACACACAAAUGAGAAGUAUCAUCCUUCUGUAAAGUUGAAGAAUUGUCUAGUGUGGUGAUCCGCUACGUUAAAGAAAUCCCCUUUGUGUAAUUCUUGAUCAUCUGAAGAGAAAACCACAAUAAAACAGUGCAACAACAGCAGAUAAAAGAAUGAACUCCAAGUGGGUGAAACUGAAAAGGAGCCUAGAAGUCAUAAUUGUGAUUUUUUUUUUUUGUUUACUAUUUGAACUUCACAGCCUCCUUCUACUAAACCCGAUACAUUCUGUUCACUUCUAAUUCCGCCUGCUAACAUCCUCUGGCUUUCCCAUCAGAUGAAUGGCUCUUGUUACUAGUCAGUGGGCAUCUCUGCUGGCAGCAGCAGCAGCAGGAGGAGGAGGAGGAGGAGGAGGAGGUGAAGCUGGCAUCAAUGAGACUGUUGAUCAGAAAAGACCACCAGACUGGUAAAUGACACGGUUCACCCAUCAGGACAAGGAGCAAAUAAAACUCGGCUUUCACCUCCCUUCCUUAUUUAAGCGAGGACGUCGGCGCUGGUUCUCCUCAGUCUACCUCAGAUACCGACACCUGCGGGAUCCUGCCAUGAUUCUGACCGCAGCUCUCCUCACCUUUGCUGUUUCCUACGCUGAUGCAGAGGACUACUGUUACAAUGAGGCGCAUUGCGAUCCUUACGCUUGGGGAGACACGUUCCCCUCAUGCCACCCUUUACUUGAAUCUCAUCACUCUCCCAUCGAUCUGGACCAUCACAUGACCAGAAACGACUCCCUGGAGUCUCUACAUCUGGAGGGCUUCGAUGCAAUCCAAACAGGCCACUGGACGCUCAAAAACGACGGGCACUCCGUCAUACUGCAGGUUGGCAGCGGCAUGGCGGUGAGCGGCGGAGGUCUUCCAGAUGUUUACCACACCAUCCAGCUGCACUUCCACUGGGGAGGCCCGGCCACCAACGGCUCGGAGCACACGGUGGACAGACGCAGAUACCCAAUGGAGAUGCACAUCGUCAACAUGAAGUCCAUCCAUCCAAACAUGUCCGCAGCAUUAGAAGAUCCAACGGGGCUCGCUGUUCUUGGAUUCUUCAUUGACGUUGUUUAUGCAGACAAUGUGCACUUUGGACACAUCUCACAGAAGCUCUCCUCUGUUGCUUAUAAAGGCCAGACAGCUAAAGUCAAGCCAUUUCCGCUGAUGAGCCUCCUGCCGAAGCACAACAUGAGUCAGUAUUACCGAUACUACGGCAGCCUCACCACCCCUCCAUGUGCUCAAGUGGUGGUUUGGACUCUUUAUGAAGUCCCCAUCUACAUCUCAUGGUCCCAACUGGCUCAGUUUACCUCACAGAUCUUCUCCACUGAGGAGGACGCAGAGCAGGUGACGCCUCUGCAGAACAACUUCAGACACGUCCAUCCCACCUUCAGUCGCGUCGUCUCGGCCUCCAAAGACGCCAAACUCCUCAAAGCGACGGCCGGUCGGCCCCUCAGGUCAGCCGCGUCGGUGCUUCAAAUCGUUUUGCUGGGAAGCUUUAUUUCUGGGCUUUAGCGCUCGCCGUGUGAAGUCCAAAUCAUUCAAUAGUAGAACACCAAAAGAAACCGAAAAAAGAGUUCAUUUUAGCCCCAAAACAGCAUUUAAGUUCUGUCAGUUUCUUAUUUGAACAUCAGAGUUUUCUCACAUAUGCUCCAGCAGAGAAUAAAUAUGAAGAAACAAGCUGUGAAGAAGAGUACUGUAACUGUUCUGUAUGUUUCAUGUAUGUGCUUUAACGCCCUUAGUUCAUGACUAACAGCAGCUGUAGACCUUUAGAGCUAGUAGCUGGUUCUUGAAAACUACAUUUCUAACAGAUUUUUAAAAUACAAUUUUGCUAGAUUUGGUCAGGGAUUGUCCGUAACGUCACAAAUAUUGAAUUUUAACAGCGAAAAACAGAAGAUAAACGUAGUGAAAACCAGGAUACCACGGGCAGCAGGUAUCCUGGUAAAAGGAAUAUUAUUAGUUUUACAGAGCAUUUAGUGACUAUAUAAAGUAUUAGACAAACAUUUUGACCUGAUGAUGGAGCUACAAGAAUCACAAGGGAUCAGAGUGACUGAAAUGAAAUACAAAAAUGUCAAUCUCACAGCGGCAUUCAUCACCUGAGGACCAUGGAUUUUAUGUAAUUGCUUAGAAAUCUCUGCUGAUAUUGCUAUCCGUUGAGUAAUUCUGCUAGCAUGGCUAAGAAAUAAAAGGUUUAAUCACAAAGACACGUUUUAGUGGCUUUAGUAGAGUUAGUGAGCAGUAAUCUGAAUGAUCUAAACCAGCACAGGAGCUUGUUGUUCUGACAUUGAUGAUAAAUAGAAUUCAUACUAACUGCUGAAAUCCAAUCAGACUCACCUGUUCCAAAGUUCUAUUGUUUUACAUUUAAAGGUUAAUUCCGUUCACCUGCUUUUGCCUCCACGUCAAGCUCAAAUGACUGCAGUGAUUAAGGGUCACUGAAGAACACAAACUCAUUAGCUAAAUGCCUCCUCGCCUGCAUCCAACAUGCAAACUUUCUCAUGCGCGUGUCGGCGCGUCUCCCUGCAUUAAAUUUGUAUGUUUACGAGGAUCCACCAGCAACAACCAGCAGCAUGUAAAGAAGGGCUUCAAGUAUGCAAAUUGGCAAGACUAAAAAAAACAAACAAGAAAAGCAGUCAGAGAGCGCAGUGCUCAGCCAAGACUGUUCCCUGACCCCGCGAUGAGCACAGGCGUGUGUUCUGCAUGUGAACGUUAUGUACAGGUACCGAAUCACGUGAUCUAAGUAUGUAGCAGGCGGAGGGAACUGAUGGGACUCAGAAACACCACCACAAUUUUAUUAAGUGUUUCUUGUAUCAUUUGAUUUGUCGAUGGAUUUGUAGUAGGAUCGCAGUCAUGUGACCGUCAGCAUCAUAGUUACAGUGACGCCGUCCCGCUAACUCAAAGGGAAAUCUUUAACCCUCGUGUCGUCCUGUGGGUCAAAUUGACCCGUUUUAAAGUUUGAAAAUGUGGGAAAAAAUAUAUUUUCUCAGUGAAAUUUUUGAUGUCCACAUUUAACAACAUUUUUGGGAAUUUCUUGAACAUUUUCUGGUGGCAAAAAAGAUAUGCCAAAAAAUUAUUUCUUUAAAGAAUAUUCACAAAAAAUCAACCAAAAUCCAGCGAAAUUCGCUGGAUUUUGGUUGAUUUUUUUGUGAAUGUUCUUAAAGAAAAUAUUAGAAGUUUUAUUGAUAUAUAUGUAAUCACUUUAGAUAUUUUUAGGAUUUUUUUGGAAGAUUUGUGCUAAUUUUUAAAAAAUAUUUACAAGAAUUUUCUUGCCAAAUUUGGGGGAUUUUAAAAAAAACUGUUAAGAGAAACUUUUAAGCAAUUAUUGGAGUUUUCUUCCUGAAGGUUUUGCAAUUUUUCAAAAAAUUUGUUGAAUUUUUUGCUAAAUUUGGGGAUUUUUUUCAGUAUUUUAAUAUUUUUUGCUGCCCGUAAAUUAAAUAAAUAAAUAAACAAAUCCAUGGAUCCAGACUUUAAGCCGCAUCACUGCUACAAUCUAAUCAGUUAGUCCUUGUGUCACUUCUGACCUCCCCUGAAAAUUUCAUCCAAAUUAAAGCAGUCUGUUUUCGAGUAAUGCUGCACACAGACAGGCAGAAGGAUUCACGUACACCGAGUGUAAACCACCUGUAGACAAAGCAAACAUGUCGUCACCUGUGGGCUUUGAGAUUUUCAUGUAAACGUGUAAAACGUCACACUUUUCUUUUAACUGAAUCGCUUCUAAUGUUUCGUGUAUUCUAACAAUAAAAAACAUGAUUCUGUCA